AGUGCGUCGAUGUCUGGAGUUCGUAGCUGGCUCUGUCCAGCUUUCUUUUCCUCUCCAGUCACAAGACGGUGAUAAAAUCAUCCCUGCCCGCCAGGGUGGCCGUGGAGACAUCUGACACAGCAUGCAGUAGGCGCUCAAUAAACGCUACGCUCCUCCCAUUUCCUGGACAGACCCCAGUCUGCGGUCCGGCUUUGAGGGUGUGAGGCCAGUCUGCCACCCAGGGUGAUCUGAGGGCACGUGUUCAGUUCUGUUGGCCUCAGUCUACGGCCUGUGAGAUGGGUCCAGCGCUGCACUCGGGAUUGCUUUGCCCUCAGGCUCGCCCGCUGGGCACCGCGUGCACCUGGCACCGAGGCAAAUGGAAGUUCCCUUCCCGGACAUGCCCGGGUCGGCGGCAGGGGCGGCAGUGUCCCUUCCUUCUGGAAACGGAGGUCGGCAGCCUGGGUACAGGCUGGCGCUGGGGGUCUCCGGAGUCGGGAGGGGGCCUUCUGCUGGGCCCUUCACCCUCUUCACCCCUGCUCUCCGGACUCACUGGUUUAUCACCAGAGUCCGGAGACGCAGACUGCGAGAGGGUGCUCCCGGGGCUGGACGGGAACCUGGCGGAAGAGAGAGGGGCAGAGAGAGAGGAGGAGGAGGGUCGGGGCCUCUGGGAGCCCCGCGUGGGCCCGGGCAGGGAGUGGGGGUAGCAAUCAGUUCCUCCCUACGUUUUCUCUCUACGUCUCUGUCCCCUCUUCUGCUCCUCCGGUCUCUGUUCCACCUCUCCUCUCCCAGCUCCACCUCCGGCACCGUUGUCCCUCCCCCGGGCUUUUGUCACCCGACCCCGCACUUCGCCCGGUGCGGCAGUCUUGUCCCUCCUGGAGGCACAAGGCGCUGAGAUACUUCCAGAGGGCGCACACAGCUCGGCGGGGACUGGGAGGGGGUGAAGGCGGAGCCAGAGCCGGAGGCAGUGGGUAGGGGUGGGCCCGAAGCUUGGGAAACCGAAGCCCCGGGAACUACCCCACUCCACCCCGCGCCUCCCGGGAGAAGGGAGGCUGGUGGAAAGUGUGCGCAGAGUUCUGCCCAGCCCCACAGGAGGAGGCAGGCUCGGAGCCCGCCCUGGCGCUGCUGCGAACUUGAGGACGCCCAUGGCCUGGGGAGUCACCCGGGAGGGCGGGUGUGGAGGCGGUGCCGCUGCGGGCAACCACAGACACCUCAGACCUGGAGAGCGGUGUGCGCAAUACCACGGUGCGUGCAGCCGUCCCCAUGUGCGCCCGGAGGGCGCUCGGCACCUGUGCGCUCCAGUGCAGCCCGCCGGGCCCUCCCCGGCCCCGGCCCCGGCCCCGGCCCCCUGCCUUAGCACUGUCCUCCUCGGGCCCUGUCCACUUCUCCUUCAACGAUGAGGACAUCUGUUGGCACCCUCCAGGCAGAUCUGUCAGCUUCGAGGCAGAGAAUGGGCCCACACCAUCGCCCGGCCGCAGCCCCCUGGACUCGCAGGCGAGCCCGGGCCUUGUGCUGCACGCUGGGGUGGCCACCAGCCAGCGCCGUGAGUCCUUCCUCUACCGCUCAGACAGCGACUAUGACAUGUCACCCAAGACCAUGUCCCGGAACUCAUCAGUCACCAGCGAGGCGUAUGCCGAGGACCUCAUCGUGACGCCAUUUGCCCAGGUGCUGGCCAGUCUGCGCAGUGUUCGCAGCAACUUCUCCCUCCUGACCAAUGUGCCCAUUCCCAGCAACAAGCGAUCCCCACUGAGUGGGCCAACCCCGGUGUGCAAGGCCACGCUGUCAGAGGAGACGUGUCAGCAGUUGGCCCGGGAGACGUUGGAGGAGCUGGACUGGUGUCUGGAGCAGCUAGAGACAAUGCAGACCUACCGCUCUGUCAGUGAGAUGGCGUCUCACAAGUUCAAGAGGAUGCUAAACCGUGAACUCACACACCUGUCAGAGAUGAGCAGGUCAGGAAACCAGGUCUCUGAGUACAUCUCCACCACGUUCCUGGACAAGCAGAAUGAAGUAGAGAUUCCGUCACCCACAAUGAAGGAUGGAGACAAACAGCAAGCACCGCGGCAGAGACCCUCCCAGCAGCCUCCACCCCCUGGGUCACAGUUCCAGCCCAUGUCUCAGAUCAUGGGGGUGAAGAAGCUGAUGCAUAGUAGCAGCCUGACUGAUUCCAACGUACCACGCUUUGGGGUGAAGACAGAUCAAGAGGAGCUCCUGGCCCAAGAACUGGAGAACCUGAACAAGUGGGGCCUGAACAUCUUUCACGUGUCGGACUAUGCCAGUGGCCGUUCCCUCAGCUGCAUCAUGUACACGAUAUUCCAGGAACGAGACCUGCUGAAGAAGUUUCACAUCCCAGUGGACACAAUGGUGACAUAUAUGCUGACCCUGGAAGACCACUACCACCAGGAUGUGGCCUACCACAACAGCCUGCACGCUGCCGAUGUGCUGCAGUCCACCCACGUGCUGCUGGCUACACCUGCGCUGGACGCUGUAUUCACAGACCUGGAGAUUCUCGCAGCCCUCUUUGCGGCUGCCAUCCACGAUGUGGACCACCCUGGGGUCUCCAACCAGUUCCUCAUCAACACCAAUUCGGAGCUGGCGCUCAUGUACAAUGAUGAGUCGGUGCUGGAGAACCACCACCUGGCUGUGGGCUUCAAGCUGUUGCAGGAGGACAACUGUGACAUCUUCCAGAACCUCAGCAAACGCCAGCGGCAGAGCCUGCGCAAGAUGGUCAUCGACAUGGUGCUGGCCACGGACAUGUCCAAGCAUAUGACCCUCCUAGCUGACCUGAAGACCAUGGUAGAAACCAAGAAAGUAACCAGCUCAGGGGUCCUUCUGCUGGACAACUACUCCGACCGCAUCCAGGUCCUGAGGAACAUGGUGCACUGUGCGGACCUCAGCAACCCCACCAAGCCGCUGGAGCUGUACCGCCAGUGGACAGACCGCAUCAUGGCCGAGUUCUUCCAGCAGGGCGACCGUGAACGUGAGCGCGGCAUGGAGAUCAGCCCCAUGUGCGACAAGCACACGGCCUCUGUGGAGAAGUCUCAGGUGGGUUUCAUUGACUAUAUUGUGCACCCGCUGUGGGAGACAUGGGCUGACUUGGUCCACCCAGACGCCCAGGAGAUCUUGGACACAUUGGAAGAUAACCGGGACUGGUACUACAGUGCCAUUCGGCAGAGCCCAUCACCACCACCCGAGGAGGAGCCAGAGGGGCCAGAUCACCCACUUCCACCUGAUAAGUUCCAGUUUGAGCUGACACUGGAAGAGGAAGAGGAAGAGUCAUCCUCUGCCCUGGGUGCAAUCGAGGUGCAGGAAUUAUUCGUGGCCCAAGAUGCAUCCCCAGCUGAGGAACUGUGGGAGGUCGAUGGCCAGGACGUGUCCACAGAGUUGGAGGUAGAUGAAAUGUCCUUGACACAGCAAGCAGACAGUGUGGCAGCGGGCAAGGACGAGUCCACAUCCCCAGACGCGUCUGUGGGUGCUGUGGGCUGCAGCAGCCCCCCUGCCCUGACUCCUGAGAGCCCCACUCUGCCUGCCUUGAGGACCCCGCGCACUCCAGAGGCGGCCCCGGGCCUCCCGGGCCUCCCCUCCAUGGCAGCCGAGGUGGGGGCCCAGAAAGAGCAUCAGGCUGCCAAGAGGGCGUGCUGUGCCUGCACAGGGACAUCGGGCGAGGACACACCCACGCUCCCAGCCCCUGGUGGGUGGGGGUCUGCUGGAGCCCCGACCUGAGCCCCGGACCCUACACCCUUUUGCCCUCCCUUCCUCCUUUCACCAUCAUCAUCCCCCAGCUGCCUCCUUCACUGCCUCAAAGACUCUUGGGCCUCUUAAGAAAAAAGAAAACAGAAAAGUGGGUUUUUUUCUCUUUUCUUUUUUUCCCCUCUCCCCCCACCCCCAGCCCCACCCAUGAGGCCGCUUUUUGGAGGUGGGGCCUGGGGAAGGAGGGGCUGAGGUCCUGGAAGGGGUUUUAUUUUUGGAAUUUUCAUUGUUACAUUUUUAGAAAAAAAAAGAAAAAAAGAAAAAAAAACCAGGAUGAAACACAGCAACUGUAGAUGCUCCUGUUCCCGGCUCCCCUGGUCCAUCUCCUCCUCCCCACCCCCCCUCUCAGGUCCCAGGCUCAGUCUUCCAGCCUCUGUGGGUUCUCCACCUGGGCCCACGCUGGUGUAAGAUCUCCUUCCAGGCUCUCCUGAAGUUUGGAGGGUUUCUAGAAUCCAGCCAGGAAUAGCCAUUCUGGGCAGUGGCCCGGUGGGGGAGAGUCACUGUGAGAGGCCCCAGCUCUAGCCCCUCUCAGGCUCACUGCCCACCCCCCUCCAGAAGUCUUCCGCCUCAUUUUGCACAAACCUGGCAACACUGACUUGGAAGGGCAUGAGAAUUCUUAGGUUGCUGGCAGGAGAGGGUGCUGGAGGGCCAUUCACACCACCAGCCUGGGGUCUGGGCUUUGAGGAGGGCUGAGCUCCCUCUGCUUGCCAACCCUUUUCCCUUCCACGUUGGGUUUCCUUUGAAUUUUAUCCAUCUGGGGGGACAUCUUUGAGCUGCACCCCCUUCUUCCAGCUGCUUCUCCUCUUGUUUCUGCCUUAAUGAUUCCCACGGCCAUAGGAGAGGGUUGCAGUGGCUCCCACCUGCACCUUGGGUGGGGCGGGGCCAGGCCCGAAGCCCCCAUCCUAGGCGCCCCCCCAGCAUUUUCCUGCCACCCUCCCCAACCCGUUGCCCUAGGAGGAAGCAAUAAUGGUGUACACCUACAUUCCCUUCCUGGGCAUCCCUUCCCACCCUGGCACCAAAGUCAUUUCUCCUUUGUCCCACCUUGCCAAGCCUCCCUCUCCCCCCUAACUAUUCCCCCCACCCUCAGCAAUAUGACAGACAGAUGCAAGACCAUUUUUCUCCAAGCCAUGGGGGACUGUUGGGAAGGAAAGACCCCCUCUUCCCCCCACCCCCAUAUGUCCCUUGGCCUGGUUCUGCAGUUGGGCAGGGCAAGGGCCUGUCUCAUUGCCCCGACUUGUCCAGUUCUGAGCACACGGUACUGUAGCCUCCCUCUCCCCCCAGCCUGCCAUCUGUCUAUCCCACUGGGGAGUAUACUCUCCCCGACCCUCAUGAUACUGUACAGGGUUCAUUUUUGUAGUGAAAGUAGUUUCUGUCCUAGCUGGCAACCGGGGUGGGCCUUUUUUUGUUUUUGUUUUU